GGGGCAGCGGGCUCAUCUCCGAGAUGCCGAAGUCGUGCGCGGCCCGGCAAUGCUGCAACCGCUACAGCAGCCGCAGGAAGCAGCUCACCUUCCACCGGGAAGCGCCCUUCAAGGCGCCAGCUUCGAGCAGUGUCUGUGCCUCCGGCGCAGUUCACCGAGGCCUGGCAGCCUGCGCCGCACCGGGUGCUCCCCACCCCCCGCGGGGCCUCAGUACACAGUUUCAGUGCUUCUACCACGGAAAAAUGCACACAUCAGUUGGCAGCCCACAGACGACUCUCCACUGGCACCCACUUCCAGUCUCUUCUCACCUGCCCACAGGGAGAGCCAGGUUCCCGUUCAGCCGCCCGGAGCUCCUGAAGGAGUGGGUGCUCAACAUUGGCCGGGUCAACUUCAAGCCCAAGCAACACACGGUCAUCUGUUCUGAGCACUUCAGACCCGAGUGCUUCAGCGCCUUCGGGAACCGCAAGAACCUCAAACACAAUGCCGUGCCCACCGUGUUUGCUUUUCAGAACCCCGCACAGGUCUGUCCUGAGGUGGGGGCUGGUGGGGACGGCACACUGGAAGAGUUUCAGCCUCCAGACACUGAAGGCCCUGUGAAACAGGUCUUACCAGAGAGAACAGAAGCAAUGGAGGCUUCUGGCCUGCCAGCCGGCCCCAUGGGGUUAGAACGGCCCUUCCAGGGACAGCCGUCCGAUCACAGCUAUGCCCUUUUGGACUUGGAUACCCUGAAAAAAAAACUCUUCCUCACGCUGAAGGAAAACAAGAGGCUCCGGAAACGACUGAGGGCCCAGAGGCUGCUGCUUCGGAGGACAUGUAGCCGCCUGCGAGCCUGCAGAGAGGGACAGCGGGGACCACGGGCCAGACGGCCAGCACAGCAGAACUGAGCCCGAGGAGGCUCUGGGAUGUGAGGAAGUGGUUUUCGUCUUUGCUGUGCACAUUCCUACUACUGGUGCUGCAAGGCACCUUGAGACUGGCUAGAUAGGAUGCCCUCAUCAGGGGAGGGCCCAAGUGCUGGGGAACCCGAGGCACAAUCUCGGGUCUCCUAGGCAGCUGUGGGCCUGUCUUGUAACAGUGACCAAAUGUUAGGAGUUGUCACAGCCCUGCCAGAGAUAGCUCCCCGAGGGAGAGGUGGCCAUUCCUGCAGUCCACCUCCAGGAACACGGCUAGUCUGUGGGGUCCUUCUCACCUUCCCAGAGGAGCAGUUCUGAGGGCAGGGCAAGGGUCUCCCACACCAGCCUGUAUUUUUGACGACUCUUUCUGGCCUGGUCUGUGUAAAUAUGGAAUAAAUUCUUUGAACUCUA